AUGGUCGUCGACCCUCAAUCGUUAAAAAGUUACGGCCAUGCCGCCGCUGGCCAUGCUGGCACCAUGUCAGAUGAGGAUGGCAAGCUCUUCAUCAAGCCCUGCGUCCAGGCCGAGAUCGACUUCUAUGAGACCGCCAAGCGCGACCACCCCGAGCUCUCUGAUCUGAUGCCCGAAUACAUGGGCACCCUUUCGCUGAGCACCCUCGACGAGGCAAGCGAGGCUGUCGCGGUCGUCGUGUCCGACAACGACAACGUCAAGACCGACAAGGACCAGAUCGCCGCCGCCGUCAGCAAGCAGAUUUCCGCGGGCAACGCCGCCCCCGAGACGGCCCCUGCCGCAGAGAACGAAUGGGUUCCUACCAAGGGUGGCAAGAUCAGCACAAACAAGGCUGUCGUCUUGGUGAACAACACAUACGGCUUCAAGAAGCCCAAUAUCCUCGAUGUCAAGCUUGGUGUGCGCCUGUGGGCGGACGACGCCCCAGAGAAGAAGAAGGUCAAGUUUGACAAGAUCUCGGAGGAGACGACGCAUCGCAACUUCGGCUUCAGAAUUGCUGGCAUGCGCAUGUACAAGGGUUCCGACAACCCAGCCGACUUGGACGACGAAGACUACCGAGUAUAUGAUAAGGACUACGGACGCUUCUCCGUCAACGACGACAACCUGGUCUCCGAGUUCCGCCACUUCGUCUUCAAUAAGAACGCCGGAAUCGACAAGACGCUGGGCCAGGCCGUCUGCAAGGCCUUCGUCCAGACAGUCGACAACGUUGAGGAGGUUCUCAGUCAGAACGAGACCCGCAUGUACUCUGCCUCUCUCCUCUUCGUCUUCGAGGGCGACGGCAGGGCCCUCCGCAGUGCCAUUGAGAAGAACAAUUCCAUCGUCGAUAGCGUUUCCGACAGGCUCCUAACAACUAAGCGUGUGGACAGCGGAAUCGCCAUCGAGGACGAGUCCGACGACGAUCUAUUAGAGAACGCGGUGAACUCGCUUCCCCCCAUCUUCUCAGUCAAGCUGAUCGACUUCGCACAUGCCACAUGGGUGCCUGGGCAGGGCCCAGACGAGAACAUGCUCAAGGGUGUGCGCAGCGUCCGCGAUAUCUUCCAAACUCUGGCAACCGAGUAA